AUGGACUCAGAAAAGACCCCCGAAGCCUUCGCGGACAUUGAAAGGUCGGCCGGGAGCUCUACUCUCCACAAUGGCACGGUGGAAGAACUCGCGAUCAGCGAGCCAACGAACAAACUCCAGCGUUGGGCUAACAAGCUUGAUGCGCUGGCCGGCGUUGAAGCUCGUGGUAUUGAGCGUAUCUCGGAAGAGUUGAGAGCGAGGAAGAUGACUACCCACGAUUAUGUGCAAAUGUUUACUAUCUGGUUUUCGAUGAAUUGCACUGCGAACCAGAUGACUCUCGGCGUCCUAGGUCCUGUAGCCUAUGGCCUGGGUCUUACAGACUCUAUUGUUUGCUGCCUGUUCGGUACCAUCUUCGGCUCCCUCUGCACAGGGUACAUCUCAACCUUUGGCCCGAUGUCCGGUCUCCGUACGCUCAAUGUCGCGAAGUACACCAUGGGUUGGUGGCCCUCAAAGCUCUGCGUCAUCCUAAACUUGGUCAUUGAGCUGGGCUACGGACUGAUCGAUUGUCUCGUCGGCGGUCUCCUCCUUUCCGCGGUCAACGGAGGCGGUAUGUCGGUCAUCGUAGGUAUCGUCAUCGUAGCUCUGAUUACCUGGGCCGUCGCCACGUUCGGUAUCAAGUGGUUCCACAAAUUUGAAGCCUAUGUUUGGGCGCCUACAGUCCUGGUCCUUUUCGUCAUGAUAGGGGUCGCUGGUCCACACUUUGACACCAAACCUCCUUCCAGCGGUUCUGGCGCUGUGCUCAUCGGCAACCGCAUCUCAUAUUUCUUCUUGACUUCAUCAGGACCUCUAGGAUGGGCCUCUGCAUCGGCCGACUAUAUCACAUAUUAUCCGGCAAGCUCGAGUCGUUGGCUUACGUUCGCGAUGACGGCUGGAGGGAUAAUAUGCGGCAAACUGCUCAUCGAGUUCCUCGGCAUAGGGCUGGGAUCUGGCCUUCUCAAAAACCAAAAUUGGGCUACCGCUUUCGAAUCACAGGGUAUUGGAGCUUUGGUGGUGGAAUCCUUCUCGCCCUUGAAUGGAUUUGGCAAGUUCUGCUGCGUCGUUCUUGCGCUUUGCAUUGCCGCAAACAAUAUCCCAGGUUCUUAUGCGGCAGCCUUGAACUGCCAGCAGCUCGGCCGCCCUCUUGCGAAAAUCCCUCGCUUCGUAUGGAGCACCAUCGUCUGUAUCGUGUUUACUAUCAUCGCCAUUGCCGGACGAGACAACCUGUUCGAUAUCUUCAUCAACUGGCUCAGUUUAAUCGGGUACUGGACGAUCAUAUGGAUUGCGAUGACCUUCGAGGAUGAAUUCCUUUUCCGACAUGGCAACUUCGACUGGGAGAUUUGGAAUAGGAAGGAUCUUUUGCCUCAUGGAUUUGCCGCAUUCCUUGCUUUCUUGGUCGGAUGGGCUGGUGCUAUUCUGUGCAUGUACCAGACGUGGUACACUGGUCCCAUUGCUGCGCUUGUGGGACAUGGAUCCGAUUUAGGUCUGCCCGUCGCGCUUGCUUGGACUGCGAUGGUGUAUCCUCCGGCUAGAUGGCUCGAGCUAAAGGUGGUCGGCAGGUAA